AUGGGUGUCCAUCUCCUUGCGCUCGUCUUUUUUGCCCUCUUCACUGCUGGCCUUGCGGUUCCUCCGCCCAGUGUUGACUACGAGGUUAUCAUCGUUGGCGGCGGUCCAUCUGGGCUCAGCACCCUCAGCGCCCUAGGUCGGGUCCGACGAACUGCCUUGCUCUAUGACGAUGGCCACUACCGCAAUGGUCCUACCCGCCAUAUGCAUGAUGUUAUUGGCAAUGAUGGAGCGGUGCCAAGUGCAUUCCGCGCCCUUGCCAGGCAACAAAUCUCCAGAUACAAUACCACCCAUAUCAAGGAUGUCAAGGUAACACAAAUCGCCAAGAUUGACACGAAAUCGGGACAAUACCCAUUUUUUACCGUAACGGGUGCAGAUGGUAGCGUCCAUACGGCUCGCAAGAUUGUCCUCGGUACCGGCUUGAAGGAUGUUUUUCCAUCCACUCCCGGAAUCUCGGAGAACUUUGGCAAAGGAAUCUUCUGGUGCCCCUGGUGUGAUGGAUGGGAGCACCGUGAUCAGCCCUUUGGUGUCCUGGGGCCACUUGGAGAUGUCAUGGACAGCGUCCUCGAGAUGUGGAGUCUGAACAGGGACAUCAUUGCAUUCGUGAACGGCACCGAACACGACGAGAAAGAGCGAAAAAGGCUGGCUGAUAAAUACCCCCGCUGGGAAGAGCAACUAAAGAAAUACAACGUCAAACUCGAGGACCGAGUCAUCCAGUCCAUUGUCCGUCUCAGGGAUGGCUCCAAGGUGGGCGAUAAAGAGAAUUGGAAGGAGUAUGAUUUGUUCCGGAUCAACUUCACAGAUGGGAAAAGCACUGAGAGAAACGCACUCAUCACCAACUUCCCGGCUGUCCAAAGGUCCGACUUGCCUGACCAGUUAGGUCUACAGCGGGACAAGGCCAAUCAAAACAAGAUCGCUGUAAACAUCAAUGGAAUGCGAACUUCUGUCUCUGGCGUAUAUGCUGUUGGCGAUGCAAACAACGACGGCAGCACGAAUGUUGUCCACGCCAUGUUCAGCGGUAAGCGUGCUGCAGUCUAUAUUCAUGUUGAAAUCGAGAGGGAGAACUCUCUGGCCUUGAUCCAGAAGCGAGAAGCCAAGUUCUCAGCCAGAAAAGCAGAGAAGGACGCCCUCAGGUUGGUUGGACGAGAUCUCGAGGACGUAUGGGAGAAAGCUAAAGCAAUGUCUAAGUAA